AUGUACCGAUCCCAAGUCAAAUCAAUGAUCAUUGCAGGUAGAAGAUUAGAGUUUGAUAUGAACGACCCAUUUAUGAAGGUGCCGAUCCUUUGUGUGGUUCAUAACUUGAUUAAUCAAUGUACUUUUGGGUUGUGGUACUUGAGUGGCAUGAUGCAUCUCUUUUAUUAUAGUGAGUUGGACAGAAGAAUUUCAUGGGGAGAAGUUGUCGAUUCGAACGAAGAGACCAACAUCGUUUGGCACCCCAAUGACAGCGGAAAAGGUCAAUUCAAAAUCUUUAGUACCUAUCCUGGAUUUUUCACUGAAGCCAUCACAUGGAUUUGCCGUUUACUCUCAGUAACUUUUCUUUUCGGUUUAGCAGAGCCAUGGAUUAAGAGUUUCUAUUAUCAACAGGUCAUGCCUCAAAUGGAGUUUGUAGGAUUGGGAUCUUUUUCUUCAGCAAAAACCAAACCUGAAUUUGGGAGUGAAAAACUCAAAGUGAAGUUCUCAGCCUCUGGUUCUCGAAUGUUCUUUCGCUUUUUGCAAGGCCACCUUCUCGUAGUGUUCACAUUGGGCAUGUUUUUGUGUUGCUUUGGAAAUUGCGUCAAUCGAUAUAUUAAUGUGGAUGAGAGUGAAGCUCAUUCAAUGACAACCUUUAGAGCUAAGGAUGAGCAGACAGAUGAAACAUACUAUGUUCAGGAAUAUCAUGAACGUUACAGAGAUAGUAAGAUUUAA